AUGCUAAAUGCUACUACUGCAUUAUUACUUUUAUCUGUUGGAGCAAAUGAAAAUUCUUCGCGUAACAGCACAUUACCUUAUCCAAAAUGGGUAAACGAAUCAUUUGUUAUCGAGAUUGUGCAUGAGCUACAUGAUGUAUAUAAAUUUAAGAAUUUCGUCUUUUAUAUAACGGAAAAAUUAAGUUUACACUCUUAUGUGUUCCUUAAGUUUUUCAAUAAUUUUUGGAAAGCUUUUCCUACAGCACCGAAUAUUAUAAUAAGAAGUUCGAAGUUUGCUUAUCUUAUGGAUGGGUUUCUAAGUACUCCUUCUUUAUGUUUGGUACUUACUACAGGACCUGCUGAUCCGAUUAUGGAAUUGGCAUCCGAAAGUCUAAAAGGCGUUCAUAUGUUAAAGACAAUUUUUGUACUCUUUCCCAUUCUAGACUCAGAUGAUGUAUUUUCAAGUUCCAAGCGUUUUAAAAAUUUUUCCAAAAGUAUACAUUUAACCUAUGAAUGGAUUUGGAAGCAUCAAUUCACUAACACGAUUUUAUUGACUAAAAAUAAUAAUGUGUUCAUUCAUGAACCGUAUCCCGUACCAACAAUUGUUAACAAAACGGAAAACUGGACUGCAGAGGAUUUUUUCAUCAAUUAUAUGUCUGAUUUCAAGGGAUAUGUUGUUGAUACACCCAUCAGAUUUGAUGUGCCGCGUGUCUUUUAUGGAUUUAAUAGACAACAAAAUGGAACAAAAAACACUAUCAUAAGUGGAACUUCAUUGGAAUUAUUCGUUUCUUUUGUAGAGAGCAUCAAUGCAACAUUAAAUGAUUCGACAUUUAAUAGUUCUAAACUGGAAACAGCCAAUUUCGACUUAUUAAUUGCUAAUAUUGCAGAUAAAUUAAUUGAAAUAGGCAUCCAUUCUUUCACCGAUAUGUAUAAUAUGGACAUUGGCCGGAGUUAUCCGAUUGGCAUUAAUGACUGGUGUAUAAUGGUGCCCUAUAAAAAUCGUUCUCCUGAUAACCUUUACUUAAUGCGCACAUUCCAACCACUAAUAUGGUAUUUAAUAUUUUUCUCUCUGGUGUAUAUAUCUGUUAUUCUAUGGAUGUGUAUAACUGAUGGACCUAAGGAAUUCAGUAUUUCAAUGCUACAAGCUUUGUGUUCUUUACUGUGCAUAGUUCCUACCAAAAUUCUGCUCAUUCCCACCGCACGUAUGAGAUUUCUUUAUGUUAUGCUCUUUUUGUUUGGCUUUAUGUUAUCAAAUAUGUACAUAUCGAAGAUGGCCAGCUUCCUCACUACAUCACCACAGGCGCAGCAAAUUCUUGAUGUAGAGGAUAUAAUUUCGGAAGAUUUACAUGUUAUGGUGGUUGAGUUUGAAUACAAUAUGUUAGCAGCUUCACCAAAUAGCUUCAACAAACGUUUUCUAAAACAAUUGCAAAUUGUGGAUAAAGCAGUUCUGGAUUUGCACCGCGACAACAUGAAUACCAGUUUUGGGUAUAGCGUGCAAACGGACCGUUGGAAAUUUCUAAAUAAACAGCAAAAAUAUUUGAAAAAGCCAUUAUUUCGAUUGUCGGAAAUAUGUGUAGGUCCAUUCUAUCAUGUUUUCCCUAUGCAAUUUGAUUCACAUCUAAGUACGCCAUUGAAAGAUUUUAUUAUGUAUGCAAGUCAAUGUGGACUGUAUAAGCACUGGGAGGAGUCAGCAUUUGCAGAUGCAUUGCGUUUGAAGUAUGUUCGAAUGUUUUCGAUACAUGAAGAAGCAAUACCGCUUUCAACGAGAUUCUUUCGAAUUAUUUGGAUCGUUUGGUGGUUAGGCUUACAACUUUCUGGUUUAGUAUUUAUAUUAGAAAUGAAAUGGGACUAUAUUAUGAAAAUGAAGACACAUUUGCAGUUGAAAAUCAAAUUAUACUUAUCGAUCUUGCAACUUUCAAAUUCAAAAGCCAAACGUGCCAUUUACCAAAAUCACUUCAAAUCACGUUUCUCGCAUUAA